UCCGGUCGACGCAGGCCACUCGAACCAGAAGAGGAGCAGCUGCCAGCAUAACCUGCAUCCACUCUGUCCGCCCUGGGAGCCCUCUCAUCCCCUCGAUUCUCAACAUCCUGCAGCUUGCUUCCCUGCUGUGUCCCUGCUCGCGUGCGUGAGUGGUACUGAGUGCCUGAGUGCCUGUCCAAGGGGUCAUAUUGUUGUGGCACGCGUCAGGAGGUGGUCCGUGGUGACCCUGUCAUGCGGCAUCGGGCUGUUUUUGGUGUGUCUCGCAUGAACAAGAGACGCGCUCUCCCUCGGAAUUCAGCAACAAAGAGGGUCCUCCUCCUCUCCAAGAGAUAGCCCCCCCAGGCAGCCAGCCAGCCAGUGAGGAGAAAGAGAAAAAAAACAGAGCAAAGCAAACCACCCCAUCCCCACCCGCCCGAGCGUGCACGGAUCACCCUGCGACUCGCCCGCCCCGAAUUGCACCAACCAAAAACAUUUGCAUGAGGCCGCAGGGAGGAAGCUCGUCUGUUUUUUGGCUCCCGAGUUCCCGCGCUUUUCGUCAUUUCCGCUCCGCCUGCAAAAAUUCGCCUUUGCUUACUCUGCCUCGCCUUGCGACCUGCCCGGCCUAUUAUCUUGCGGACAUACCGCACCCUACUACAACUCCAAUAAUACCACCACCACCACCACACGCCAUCACUUCCGCCGUUAUUCUUCUCCCCCAUCUCCCAAUCCCACAAUACCAGCGACUCGUUCUCCACCGUCGCCAUCAGUUUCCCUUUUCGACCCGAUGAGUGCCGCAAACCCACUCGUCUAACCACGCACGCACCCACCCACUCACGCGACCAAGACGAUCGAGCCGACGGGGUAGUGAUAUCAUCCACCUCCUCCUGCCAUGACGGCCGACCUCUGAGCCUGCCACACCCGCACGCGCCCGCGCCAUGGCUUUCAACUUCAACUGGUCGCCCCUCACGGCCGACGAGGACUUCUACCAGCGCGCCCGAGACCUGCUCACAACAGCCCUCAAUAAGACGCCAAAGCCCCCGAUCAUCGUCGAUGACAUCCUCGUCACAGAGCUCAACCUCGGCUCCGUCCCGCCAGAGCUGGAGAUCCUCGAGAUUGGCGACCUGGCCGAGGAUCGCUUCCGAGGCAUCUUCAAGAUGUGCUACAGCGGCGACGCCUUCCUGACCCUGAGAACAAGAGUCCAGGCGAACCCCCUGAACACAUACUUGCACUCUAAGCCGGACUUCACGUCCCCACAGCCCUUGGCAGCCGCCUCCGGCCUGACCAUCCCGCUGUCGCUGACGCUGUCCGACAUCAAGCUGUCGGCCUUCAUCAUCCUGGUCUUCUCGAAACAGAAGGGCCUCACCAUCGUCUUUCGCAAUGACCCCCUCGAGUCGCUCAAGGUCUCCUCGACCUUCGACUCCAUCCAGUUUGUUAGGGACUACCUCCAGAAGACCAUCGAGGGGAAGCUCCGCGACCUGAUGAUGGACGAGCUCCCCGCCAUCAUCCACCGCUUGUCAUUGCGUCUGUGGUGCCCAGACCAGAUCCCCAGAGAUGAGGACGAGGCACCAGAAACCAGCGAGCCUGCUGUCGAUCCCUUUGCGAGCCCACCGCAGGAUGCCGUCGACGCGCAUGGCAACUUGCUAGACCCUAGCGAGAUCCAGAACCUCUCGCUCGAUAACAGCCCUGAGAUCCAGACCCUCUUCUCACAGAAGAACCUCAUCCGGCUCGCCUCGCUGAGCGACUGCAACAGGACCAUGUCCCUGUUCACCCCGUCUCUGCGGGACGUCGUCUUCCGUGCCUGGGCUGGCUCACAGGAGAAGCCCGAGUGUGUCACACCACCGCUGGCAACCCCCAGCCUGACCAAGGCACAUUCCUUCCACGGCACUUCGACGACAUACACGUUCUCGGACACCAGCAGUAUGGAACAAGGCUACAUGCCACCAUCACGACCGUCGAUGGUCAGCCUCCACUCAGCGACCACCGGCCUCUCUCUCGGAGCCGGGCGGAACUCAAGAUCGCACGCAGGCCGCAAGAAGAAGAACAGAGUCGUGAACCUCCGGCGGAAGCAGUCCGAGAGUGCGCCUGUGAGCGUCGAAGGAAGCGACGCCAGCGAAAGCGUCACGGAUACAGCAUCCGUCGAGGGACCCAUGUCUGAGCCUCUGAUGGACUCCGUCAUCCCGGAGGAACCCGAAGACUUCGUUCCAUUGACCCCGACCAAGGUCCGCUUCAACGAUGGCACCGUAAACGAUGCGCCAAUGCGGCCACCGCUGAAGCCAGAGCUGUAUGGCACGGAGGCACCAGAGAUCUACCCGCCGCAGAAGCAAAAGCAGGCCGAGCCGACGCCCCUGGUGGUCCAGACACAGGAGGCUACCACGCAACUAUCAACAGACGAGAAGGCGCCGUUCGCAUUCUCCCCACGGAGAGGACCGCCCUCAGAGACCCCUUCUGUCAUCCUAGAACAGGCAUGGAUCAACAAGAUGGCCGGCGAGAUCGCCAGGAGGGUGUACGACGAGAAGAGGAGGAACCCGGCCUUCUGGGAAGAGCGCGAGGACGUCCCUCCCCCGGCAUACGAGGCUCAAUAAGAGUGAGACCUCCACCUCCUAGGGGCAACAGAGAAGCCCCUAUGUCAUCACCACUUUUUUUCUUUUCUUUUUUUCAACAGUAUUUUUCCACUACACAUCAAUGGCGUUAUACCCCGGGUUCACCAUGAAGAUUGGUAAUCCUACUAUGAGUCAACCCUGCAAGGCGUUCAGGAGCCGCGAGCGGCAUAUCUAAAAGAUCGAGGGAAAGGGAAUUCGGGUUUUUUUUCUUGUUUUCUUUCUCAUGUUUCUUUUGUCAUUGCUCAGACAGACCCUGAGACAGACAUCAAUUACACUGCACGGUGGAAUGGAAUUUAGCAUGGUUGCAUGGCCGGAUACCCCUCAUUAAAAAAAAGGAGACACACACACACACGGAAAUGGAAGCAAACAAAAGACGGACAGACAGGACGGCCAUGGACCAUCUCCACUCCACCCCUAACUUGUACAAUCGCUCAUCUCCACAUACUCAUUUUUCCUUUGUCUUAUCUGAGAGAACCGCGGCUCUGAAGGAGCCCGCCCAAUAACACCACCCUAUUUAAGCCGAGCACCAGUCAAUAUCCCCGAAAGGGGGAGGUGUGCCCUCGCUGUACUACAAUGUGAUCAUAUACCCCUGCCUCUCUAUGUUUACGGCGGACAGGAGCGAAAGAUUUGGGGGUGGAGUAAGCAAGCACAUUGGGAGAUGGAAGAACCGAGAUACCGGAGGGAUAUAGGAGGGAGGGAU